GUGGGUCAAGCACUGCACACAGUUUCGGUUUUGGCAGCCGCAUCCAGUGUCCUGCUGGCAACUUCUGGAGAGCCCCAGGUUGUGGACUGGCCAGCAGGCUGUGCCCCUGAAACUGAGUUGCCAGGAGAGAAGACAGUGGCUUAAACUUCCCACGAAAGAAGUUGGCCUGGGUGGCACAGCCCCGUGAGAGCCACCAACGAUGAAGCUCCUCUUCCUCACCUGCCUGCUGGCGGUUUUCCCAGUGGUCUCUAUGAAGAGUCCCAUAUUUGGUCCCCAGGAGGUGAGCAGUGUGGAAGGUGGCUCAGCAUCCAUCACGUGCUACUAUCCGGCCACCUCUGUCAAUCGGCAUACCCGGAAGUACUGGUGCCGGCAGGGAGCCAAGGGCCGCUGCACAACCCUCAUCUCUUCGGAGGGCUACAUCUCCAAGGAUUAUGAGGGCAGAGCCAAGCUCACCAACUUCCCCGAGAACAGCACAUUUGUGGUCAACAUUGGCCAUCUCACCCGGAAUGACUCUGGACGCUACAAGUGUGGUCUGGGCAUUAGUAGCCGAGGCCUCAACUUUGAUGUGAGCCUGGAGGUCGGCCAGGGUCCUGGGGUCGGAGAUGACACUGAAGUCUACAUAGCUGACUUGGGCAGAACAGUGACCAUUAACUGCCCUUUCAAGUCCGAAAAUUCUGAGAAAAGGAAGUCUGUGUGCAAGAAGACAGGCCAGCUCUGUGUCCUAGUCAUUGACUCCAAUGGGUAUGUGAACCCCAACUAUAGCAACAGAGCAGGCAUCGAUAUUGAUGGUACUAGUCAAGUAACGUUCAGUUUCGUUAUCGAACGAAUCCGGCUCAGCGAUGCUGGGAUAUACGUCUGCCAGGCUGGGGAUGAUUCCAGUAAUGAUAAGCACAAUGUUGACCUUCAGGUGCUGAAGCCUGAGCCUGAACUGCUUUAUGGAGACCUGAGGGGCUCAGUGACUUUUGACUGUGCCCUGGGCUCUGAGGUGGCAGGUGUGUCCAAAUUUCUGUGCCGAAUGAGCAAUGGGGAAGACUGUGACGUGGUCAUCAACACCCUGGGGAAGAAGUCUAAGGAUUUUGAGGGCAGGAUCCUGCUCACUCCCAGGGACCAAGGCUUCUUCAGUGUGCAUAUCACCGGCCUGAGGAAAGAGGAUGCAGGGUACUACCUGUGUGGAGCCCACUCUGAUGGCCAACCUCAUGAAGGCUCACCCACUCAGAUAUGGCAACUCUUUGUCAAUGAAGAGACCACGAUGCCCCAGAGUCCCUCUGUGGUGAAAGGUGUGGUCGGAGGCUCCGUGGCAGUGCUUUGCCCCUACAACCCUAAGGAAACAGAUAGCCUAAAGUACUGGUGUCGCUGGGAAGACACUCCAAAUGGCCGCUGCCAGCAGCUGGUAGAGAGUGAGGGGCUGGUUAAUGAACAGUAUGAGGGCAGGCUCGCGCUAUACAAAGAGCCAGGCAAUGGCACCUAUACAGUCCUACUCAACCAGCUCACCAAUGAGGACGCUGGCUUCUACUGGUGUCUGACCAGUGGCGAUACUCACUGGAGGUCCACAGUGGAGCUCAAGAUUGUAGAAGGAGAACCGAGCCUCAAGGCACCCAAGAAUGUCACUGCUUGGGUGGGAGAGACUUUCAAGCUCCCCUGCCACUUCCCGUGCAAAUACUACUCCUAUGAGAAAUACUGGUGCAAGUGGAGUAACAAAGGGUGCAAGACCCUGCCCACCCAAGAUGAUGGUCCCAGCCAGGCCUUCGUGAACUGUGACCAGAAGAGCCAGAUAAUUUCCCUGACCCUGAACCCAGUUGCCAAGGAGGAUGAAGGCUGGUACUGGUGCGGGGUGAAGGAAGGCCACCGAUACGGGGAGACCAUGGCUGUCUAUGUGGCAGUCGAGGAGAGGGUAAGGGGGUCCCAAGAUGUCAGCCAAGUGAGGGCUGCUCCUGGUGAAGAGGAAGUAGAGUCAAGUGUCAGGAAGACUGAGAACAAAGUGAUUCAAGAUCCCAGGCUUUCUGUGGAGGACAGACCAGUGAAGGAUACUGAAGACCCCGCUGGUGAGAGCAGAGCAUCCGCGGACACGGACAGCUCUGUGGGACAAGGCAGGAGCUCCAAAGUUCUUGUCUCUACCCUGGUGCCCCUGGGCCUGGUGCUGGCACUGGGGGCCGUGGUAGUGGGGGUGCUCAGAGCACGGCACCGGAAGAAUGUUGACCGGAUUUCGGUUAGAAGCUACAGGACAGACAUUAGCAUGUCGGACUUCGAGAACUCCAGGGAAUUUGGUGCCAAUGACAACAUGGGAGCCUCUCAAGUCACUCAGGAAACAUCUCUUGGAGGAAAAGAUGAGUUCAGCGCCACCACUGGGAAUACCAUGGAGACGGAAGAACCCAAGAAACCGAAAAGGUCCUCCAAGGAGGAAGCUGAUAUGGCCUACACUGCCUUCUUGCUCCAGACCAACAACAUGGCUGCCGACGUCCAGGGGGCACCCAGUGAAGCCUAGGCACCAGCUGUGCCCUCCCACCAUCCAUGACAAUCACCUUCAGAAUCAUGUUGAUCCCUGGGGCCCUCAGCUCCAGGGUGCCUCACUGCGUGCCCCCUCACUGCAUGGGAUUCUCAAAGGGAUUCUCCUCCUCACUCCACCCCUCCUUCUCUCCAUCUCCCCCUCUCUUUCAUCUUUUCUUCUUUCCUUCAUUGAAAAUACAUAGUUGGUUAUUCACCAGAACCAAGGCAGCCUUCUAGACACUGGGACAGAAAGGCCGUCACCCCGGCCAGCAGCAUUCACGGAAUCCUUGGAAACUGCAGCUCCUCUUGGUGCAGUUAUACUCACCAAGACCUGAAAUCCUCAUCAGGUCUACUCACCUCUGCCCAUAGUGGGAGAGAAAUCAUAAACUAUCUGGAGUCCUGGGGCCUUAGGGAUCAUGUAACGUGGGUUUACAUACAAGGAAUCACACACACACAUGCAAACCUUUCACACAUGAGAGGUAAAGAGGUUUGCUCAAGGGCACCAUGUAGCAUAAACUAGUGUCAAAACCAGGUUUGGUACCUCUACCUGUCCUCUUGACCAGGAAUCUCUCUACAAGGACCCUUGCACUCCUGAUGGAGGCAGAGUUCUAGAAUAAGGAGGAGGAGGAGGAAGAGAAAAAUGUAAUGGAGACUAGUCUUUCGCAAGCCCCACCUCGGGGAAGAGGACUCUGUCUUUUUCUGUCACUCAAAUGGACCUAACGGGAUAAAAGAGUAGUCAAAUACGCAUAAAGCCACUUAUUCGAAGAGCUCUGAACCAAAGGAAGGAAAGAGGGUGUUUGAUGAUGCUGGGGAGGGGCUGAUCUCCAAAGAACUAAGGUUUAAGGUCUUUUUCCCUCUGAGCUCUGUACUUCAACCAGCACCUACCAGCUGAAACUUGCUUCCAAAUCAAAGAUGUGAUUUAAUUAAUAAUUAAAGACCAUGAUUGCCACCAA